UACGUGUAGCUCGGCAGUCGCUCCCUCUCUGAUCACACGGCCGGUUGUUCAAGAUGGCGCCGCAGAAAGACAAGAAGCCUAAGAGAACAACCUGGAAGUUUAAUUUGGAUCUUACUCAUCCUGUAGAAGAUGGGAUUUUUGAUUCUGGAAAUUUUGAACAGUUUCUGAGGGAGAAGGUUAAAGUCAAUGGGAAAACUGGAAAUCUUGGGAACGUUGUUCACAUUGAACGCUUCAAGAAUAAAAUCACAGUUGUUUCUGAGAAACAGUUCUCUAAGAGGUAUUUGAAAUAUCUUACCAAGAAAUACCUUAAGAAGAAUAAUCUUCGUGAUUGGCUUCGUGUGGUUGCAUCUGACAAGGAGACUUACGAACUUCGUUAUUUCCAGAUUAGUCAAGAUGAAGAUGGGUCAGAGUCUGAGGACUAACUGGUCACCCUUCUUAGGGCUUUUCUUUUUAAUAGAACAAAUGAAACAUAUAUGAAAAAGAAAUGUCUUAAUGAUGAACUGUCAGUGAAUAAAAAAGUUGUUCUCAAAGUCUGUCUCAUUCUU